CGGGCUGUGACGUCACCACCGUCGCAGACAUGGCGGAAGUGAAAGUGUUUCCCCUGUGCUGUGUGGUGCAGAGCUAUGCCUGGGGUAAAGCGGGUCUGGACAGUGAGGUGGCCCGGCUGGUGCUCGGUGGAGACCCUCAGGCUCUCAUAGAGGAGGCCAGACCCUACGCAGAGCUUUGGAUGGGUGCUCACCCCAAAGGAGAUGCUCUCAUCAAAGACAACAGGAUAUCCCAGAGGACACUAGGACAGUGGAUUGCAGAUUUCCCAGGAUGCCUGGGGUCAAAGGUCAAAGACACAUUCCACGGGCAGCUCCCGUUCCUUUUCAAAGUGCUGUCCGUCAACACGGCUCUGUCCAUCCAGGCGCAUCCCAACCGGGAAUUGGCUGCUAGACUCCAUGCACAGUUUCCUGAACAUUAUCCAGACAACAACCACAAACCGGAGAUGGCCAUCGCUCUCACUCAGUUUGAAGGUCUCUGCGGCUUUCGGCCGAUGCAUGAAAUCUUGGGCUUCCUCAAAAAUGUCCCAGAGUUCCGCGCGCUGGUCGGUAACGAAGCCGCUGAGGAGCUCCAGAGCGCCGAUGGAGACCCGGGCUGGACGUCUCUCGCUCUGAAGAAAUGUUUCACCAGGAUGAUGAACUGCGAGAAGAAGCUAUUCGUUGAUCAGCUCAACAUGCUGGUCAAACGCAUCUCAGAGGAAGAGGCUGCAGGCAAAGACACCUCCGGAAGUAAUGGAGAACUGCUGCUGCGGCUGCAUUCCCAGUAUCCGGGGGAUAUCGGAUGCUUUUCCAUUUACUUCCUGAACCGUAUCGUGCUGCAGCCGGGGCAGGCCAUGUUCCUGGGAGCAAAUGAGCCUCACGCUUAUCUGUCUGGAGACUGUGUGGAGUGUAUGGCGUGCUCUGAUAACACCGUACGUGCCGGACUGACUCCCAAAUACAUUGACGUGGACACGCUGUGUGAGAUGUUGAAUUACAGCCCGGCUCCAGUCAGUGCCAAAAUCUUCCCCUGCGUGCGGGACAACGCCGACCCCUGCGUCUACCUCUACGACCCUCCUGUGCCAGACUUCACCGUCAUGAGAAUACAGGUGCGCCAGACAGACUUUUCCUCAAAUAUAUACAGAAAAUUCACAUGUAUCUCCAUUCCAGCUGCUCAGCUUAAAGGGAUAAAGCUUCGAAAAAUUACGGUUGAACCCAGAGGUUGCGUUAGACUUCUCUACGACCCUCCUGUGCCAGACUUCACCGUCAUGAGAAUACAGUUUGCACUAGCAGUGUGGAGAGCACAAAGGAUGCUGGGAAUUACCGGCAUCCUGAUGUUUGUUUACUGUAUUUUUAGUGGCCUCUUCAGAUUCGUACAUGCAAAACCAGAAGACUGA